AUGGAGCUGUUAUCCCGCAAGUACAGUAAAAUAGUCAUUCUGGCGACUUCUGCCCUUGGCAUUGUCGCAGUGCCAUCCAGCCCGACUACAGACCAGGAAGAACGUGCAUACGUGCCUGAGAUUACUGCUCUCGAGGGUAUACAGACCGAUCGUUUGGCGAACACUGUUGAGACCGACACCACUUCCAAUUCCGGCGUCAUCAAAAGAGGCUUUGGUACCCCAGCCGCAGUCACCUGCACAGGCUUCACCAUCGCCAGCCAAGACGACUACGAAUCCGCUCGAAACUGCUUCGAGGCCUGGCUCGGCGUGGCAGCCUACCAUUGGAAGUCUCCGGGACAAUGGUGGUACUACUGUCAGACCGGAAAGGCUUUGCUGGGAUUGUACAACUACGCUGGAUUGGUGCGCGGAGACGCCGGCGAAGUGAACACUUUCCACAUCAUGCUGGAUGAUCAGUGUGGAAUGUGGCAGAAUGGGUAUAUUGAUCUUCCCAAGUGGGCCAAGACGUAUUGGCGUAGUAGGGCGGGUGCCGGGAGUCAUGGUAAUCCGGAGGCUCCUUGCGCGCAUAAUAAUGGACGGGAUCUGCUCAAUGAUGAUCCGUCGUGGCAAGGAUGA